AUGACAAGUUCAGCGAGGUGUGUGUGCUCGUCCUCCCUCCUCUGCAUUGCUCCCUUCUAUGCUUCCCCUUGCCCUUCCCCAUUCAUGCUCCUGCCUUCCCCCAUACAUGCGCAAGGCGGAGCUGCUGCGAGCCAACCACGACAAGUAUGGUGGGUGGUGCAUUUUCCCAUCUCCAAUCCAGUCCCCACCUCCCUCUCUCACCCCUUCACUUCAACUGUCGUUCAAUUCCACUCCCCACGCUUCUCGUCGCUCACCCCACCCCUCUCUUUGCGCAGGUGGCGCGCGCCAAGCACAGCUGCUGGAGGAGGUGACGAUGGUGGCACGCGCCAAGCGACAGCUACUGGAGGAGGUAACGAUGGUGCUGCAGGCGAAGGUGAGGCAGCCGUGCAGCAGCAGGGCGGGGAAGCAGCAGGUGCUGUUGCAACUGGGGGCAGCACAGGCAGGCGGAUACAGGCAGCUGCCUCGUGA